AUGCCUUCCCCAUUUCCCCUCCUCCGUCUUCCUCGAUUGGUUCUGUUCGAGGUAUUCAAGUCAUUGAGUAUUGGAGAAAAGAUCGAGCUCUCCCUCUGCUCCACUCAAAUCUCCACACAAAUCAAUAAUGCCCAAUUCUACUCUCAAAAAGUUAUAGUGUGUCUGGACAUCUUAACCCGAAAAAUCAAAGUUCACUCUGAAAACAACAAAGAUACAUUUGACAUCUUCAUGUAUCCUGAUUUAUGGAGAAGUCACAAUUCGAAUACUCAUCAAUUAUCUAUUGCACGUGGUACUGUACCUGUAAUACCCCACACGAAAGGUAUCAGUGCAUUUUGGAAGAAUGAUCGAGAAGAAUAUCUAUCUGCUAUUCGGUAUCUAUUGAAGAUGUUUCAAUGCAAGAUUUCUAUUAAUAUGAAACACUAUAGUAGUGGUUUAUAUGGAGCAACAAUUUCAAUGUUGUUUGAUCUACAAGUGGAAUUCAAAAAGCUCAGUAUUUCGCUUAAUGGAUCAGAGGAUCAGAAUUUGUUGUGGAACCAGAUAUCCAAUAAACUUGGACUCGUUGAGGAUCUUAGAAUCACAUCUACUUUCAACACUGAUUUCAUACCAGUUUUCACUUCAUGGCCACAGAAUAUUACUAUCACGCGUUCCCAUUGGUUCACUCUGAAAUCUCUUCUGGCGUGCAGUUGCACUACAAUUACACUCCCGUGGUCUCAUUUGGAAAACGAAGAUUUGGAUGAAAUACUCAAGAAUUGGAAGGCUGGUGGAUUUCUGAAUCUAAAAAAUCUGCGUGUCGAAAGUCAAAGAAUUACAAAUAAUGGAACAACUAUUUUGGGAAUGAGUCUAUCGGAACUAGACGGGAAGGAUAUUCAGACAAAUGAUGGAUUAAGGAAGGCAACUAUUAACACUGGUUUUCAAAUGUUUCAAAUGUUUUUUCAAAUGUUGAUUUAUUCACGUUAA